AGUAAUUCUUAUAUUCGCGAUCUCCGCCAUUACCAUCGUCAUCCACGAUUCAAAUGAAAAUAUUGUCGUUUUCAACUUUCUGAUCGCAUUUAACAAUGUCUCAACCCGAAGAUAAAGCAGAAAGUGAGAGUGAGGUGCAGAUACUUAAUGGCAACAAGAACGGUGAUGAUUUCAAGACACCACAGCAGAUGCGAACCAGAUCAGUAUUGCAAAAAGACGCACUGCCUUUGACCCCCACACUCCUCGUUCCACCAUCGCCAAGGAUGAAGAAGCUGGGCUAUGGAACAGGUGUUAAUGUCUUCCUAAUGGAGCGUUUUUUCCCAUUGAAAAUAUUUUGGCAAUGCCCUUUUCAAAAGUAAACAAUCUAUCAAUUCCACAGCAGGCUUCAAGAUCAGUCCAAAGAAUACUGCAAGAGACUGAGCUAUGAGGCUUGCAUACUUAAGUCACUCAAGCACCCGAACAUCAUUGGCUACCGCACAUAUACCACUAGCAAGGAUGGCACCCAGUGUCUGGCCAUGGAGAGUGGGGAGAAGUCCCUCGCAGACCUUAUAGAAACCCGGCUGGAGAACGAGCUUGGUCCAUUUUCUCCUCAGAAAAUACUCAAGGUUGCAAAGGAUGUUGCCUCUGCUCUUCAAUAUCUUCAUGAAGACAAGCGGAUACUGCAUGGUGACUUAAAGAGUGCUAAUAUACUCAUCAUUGGGGACUUUAAAACUGCUAAACUUUGUGAUUUUGGAGUGUCACUAAAGUUGGAUGAAAAGGGUGUGGCAAUCUGCAAAGAUGAUUGUUAUAUAGGGACUGAAUGUUGGUCUGCCCCAGAAGCCAUCCUCGGAGAUACCAUUUCUAACAAGACAGAUAUGUUUGCCUAUGGCCUUAUUCUCUGGGAAAUGAUCUCUCUUUCCCCACCCCACGUGGACAAACUCAGCUCUGAAUCCACUGAUGAAGUUGUUGAUGAAGAAACAAGAUUGAUGUUGGAGAUGGAGCGGGAGGAGAGCUUCCAAAAAGCAUUAGGUACCCGGCCUGCCCUGCCCAAUGUUGUCCUUGAAGACGAAUACCUACCGGUCCUUGAGAUCUUCUAUGCCUGCACUGACCCCGACCCUGAAAAGAGGCCAUCAGCUGGGCAAAUCCUGCAUGUCAUUGAUUGUCUUGAAGAUUUAGAAAUGAACAACACAAGCAGGGGAGAAGAUUCAGUGGUGAAUGAAAGAAGCAACAGAAAUGGACAUAUUCUGGAAUAAGUGAAUGAAUGAAUGAGGCAUUAUUGUAGUUACUGUGUUUGGUAGUAAGGAUUCUUCUGUAGACUUUUUGAAUGUUUGUUUUUUUUCUUAUUUAGAUACUCAUUUCUGUAAGUUGCUCUUAGAAAUUAAUAUGAAACUUGCAUUAUUUAGUGCAUGUAUUAGUAGUUCAUAGCAGAUAAAAUGUAAUCUUUUUCUGUUAUUUUUUCAUAUACAAUAUAAUUUGUUAUUCUUUGUUAUGUAUUCAAAUUCUGUAUCUCCUUUUCCCUGAUUAUUUUUCCUUGAUAUAUGCAUAGAAAUGUAUUUUUUUUAUGAAUUAAUAUCUAAAUUGUUAUCUUUGUUGCACUGAAAUAUAUGUUUUGGUAGGUCAAGUUACCUUUAGGAUUAAUUAAGUAAUAAAGAUGUCCUUCUA